AUGAAGCGCCGAAGCAUCUCUGCGGUGGCUGCAAGGGAAGCAAAAGUCGCUGGACUCCUGGCUGAGGCCCAUGCUGGCCGCGCAGUCUCGGACGCCUCGCAGACCGAGCCUGUGGCGGAGCCCCCGCGGCCUGAGCUCUCAGCGGCCAGCGGGCCUCAGAAGAAGGAGCCCGCGCAGACGGCCCAGGAGCGCAAGGCCGCGUGGAAGAGGAAGCACCCGGCGAAGGAGAAGAAAAGAGCGAUGACCGCGAAGGAGCGCAAGGAGGCGUGGAAGUCGAGGCAGCCACCGAAGCAGAAGAAAGAAGCGAUGACCGCCAGCCAGCGCCAGUCCGCGUGGCAGGCGAGGCAGGACGCUCAGAAGAAGGAGUCUUGA